AUGGUCUCUAACACCGCCACCAACAAUAACAAUAGUGACACAUUGGUGAUGCCAAUGUCGUCAUCUGCACAACCACCAUCUGGUAGGUAUGUGGAUCAUCAUCAAGAUCCAUUGGAGGACCUUACCAAAUCCUUCUCCAAAAAACAAAUGGGUAGACCCUUGGGCUCUAAGAACAAGCCCAAAACAUGCAUUAUUAUCGAGGAAGACACACAAAACUUCAUAGAGUGGGUAGGGCUUGAGAUCCCAAUAAGAGAAGAUAUUAUAGUGAAUAUAAUAAAAUUCGAUCAACAACUUCAACAUAACAUAAUUGUUUCGGGGGUUUCGGUCUUAUCUCUAACGUUACCAUUCUUGAUCCACGAGUUUAUGGUCUCUAACACCGCCACCAACAAUAACAAUAGUGACACAUUGGUGAUGCCAAUGUCGUCAUCUGCACAACCACCAUCUGGUAGGUAUGUGGAUCAUCAUCAAGAUCCAUUGGAGGACCUUACCAAAUCCUUCUCUAAAAAACAAAUGGGUAGACCCUUGGGCUCUAAGAACAAGCCCAAAACAUGCAUUAUUAUCGAGGAAGACACACAAAACUUCAUAGAGUGGGUAGGGCUUGAGAUCCCAAUAAGAGAAGAUAUUAUAGUGAAUAUAAUAAAAUUCGAUCAACAACUUCAACAUAACAUAAUUGUUUCGGGGGUUUCGGUCUUAUCUCUACCGUUACCAUUCUUGAUCCAGUAUCCUGGGACCCAUUAUUAUCCAUCGAAGAACCCAUACAUAUGA